AUGGGUAGCUUGUUUCUGUUACUCCUAUGUUUCACGGAGUGGGCAUUUGCCGCGACUGUCUAUUUUACGGCCAACCUUACCUGGGCCAACCAUUCUGUCGCAGGGGUUCAUCGAGAGAUCAUUCUUACCAAUGGACAAUACCCCGGUCCUGAGCUUCGAUUAAACCAAGGGGAUGAGGUUUACUUUGAUGUACAUAACGGUUGUCCGUUCAACGUGACAGUGCACUUCCAUGGCAUCGAACAAAUCGGGACACCAUGGUCAGAUGGAGUUCCCGGUAUGUCCCAGACGCCCAUUGAAUCAAACAGUGAAUUUCGUUACCACUGGAAAGCCGAUCAGUAUGGUGCCUACUUCUACCAUGCCCACCAUCGUGGCCAAUUGGAAGAUGGCCUAUACGGACCGAUCUAUAUCACUCCAUCAAGUGAUGUGGCAAAGCCAUUUGGUCUGAUUACAAGCAAUGACACCGAGCUCCAAGCCAUGGUCGAUGCGGAGAAAAAGACUUCGCCACUACUGCUCUCUGACUGGCGUCUUUUGACGUCAGAGCAAAUUUGGGAUGCCGAGGAUGCCUCUGGUAUCGAUUCGCUUUGUGCCAAUGCUCUGCUGAUUAACGGCAAGGGCUCAGUGACAUGCUUUUCACAAGAUGAGAUCAAUGCUCUCACAACCCCUGACCAGAAAGGUGCGUUAGGGAAUGAGACUCUUACUGAUAUAGCAUGCUAUCCUCCGGAUAUUGCCCAAGGCGACUAUGCUCAUAACAUUAGUGCUUUACUGCCAACGAUGUUCUAUGGUUGCACACCUUCCCAGGGACGGCAGCAAGUCAUCGAAGUGGAUCCAGAUUGUCAAUAUAUCAGUUUAGACCUCACCAGUGCUGCUGGCCUACUGCAACUGACAUUCUCCAUUGACGAACAUUUCAUGUGGGUAUACGCUAUUGAUGGACGCUACGUUGAGCCUGUCGAAAUAAACGCCAUCACCAUCGCCAACGCAAACCGAUAUUCCGUUUUGGUCCCUGUGAACCAGACACCUGGAGACUACACAAUCCGCAUGGUCAGCGGUAGUGACCAGCAGAUCCUCAAUACAACGGCCAUUCUCCACUAUGAAGCUCCCGGCCGGCUGAACAGGACUUCGAACCCAUGGAUUACACUCACGGGUGGCAAUUCCACAGCAGAUACUGUUUUCCUCGGUGAUACCCAAGUCGUGCCGUACCCGGCUAUCGCCCCAUCCACCGAUGUCGCCGCCACGUAUUUCCUCACGAUCAGUCGCUAUGGGGCGUCGUACCUCUGGACAUUGGGAAACAGUAGCUUUAACCUUGAGCUUGAAGAGUCGCAGCCAUUGCUUUUCAAUCAAACCGCGAUUCCCAGUGAUUUGAUUAUUCGUACUGAUAAUGAUACAUGGAUUGACCUGAUUGUUCAAGUUGAUUCACCCGCCCAGCCCGCUCAUCCAAUCCACAAGCACUCCAACAAGCACUAUGUGAUUGGCAAGGGCUUGGGAACUUUCAACUGGUCGUCAGUUGCGGAAGCGAUGCAGUCUAUCCCGGACUCAUUCAAUCUAGUCAACCCUCCGAUCAGAGAUACAACUACAACGCCGGUUUCUGCCACAGAUCCGGGAUGGCUGGCUAUACGGUAUCAGGUUGUGAAUCCGGGUGCAUUCUUGAUACAUUGUCAUAUCCAGGUUCAUCAGAGUGGUGGAAUGGCACUGGCAUUGUUGGAUGGAGUCGACGAGUGGCCCACGGUGCCUUCAAACUAUCUGAAUGAUUCAGGGUUCUGA